AUGAAGCUGGUUAUAGAAGUCAUAGAUGCUUACGACCUUAACCCCAAAGACGGUUCAGGCUCGGCCAGUCCAUACGUAGAGGUCGAUUUCAAUAACCAGCUCAGCCGAACCAAAACAGUCCCCAAAAACCUCAACCCCACUUGGAACCAAAAGCUCGUUUUCGAUCUCGACAAAACCCAACAAAACUAUCGUCACCAAUUUAUACAAGUCUCUGUAUACAACGAGAGGAGGCCGCCUUUCCCGAGUAGAUAUUUUCUCGGGAGGGUAAUCAUUCCUUGCUCGAAUCUCGUCAGGGAAGGAGACGAGGUCUAUCAGCGUUUUCAGCUCGAAAAGAGGUCACUCUUUUCGCUCUCGAGGGGCGAAAUCGGGCUCAAGAUAUAUAUCUCUCCCGAACCCAACCUCGUCAUUUCGAAUAAUCCCAAAAACACCACAAACCCCAUUUUUACCAAACCUCCUCCUCAAGCCCUCAUUGCUAAUAACUGUCCCAAGCCAGUCACAGAUAAAGUCGAAAUUCCCGUACUUGAAACCGAUUCCAACCAGGCAGAACCCGAUAAGAUCGUGUCCCAAAAAACCACAGAGAUUAUACACAAGCACCAAAUGGCCCCACAACCGAGAAUCACGCUGCGCACGAGAACCGAGGGAGUUCAUCGUCCAACAACAACGCCCCAUCGAGUCAAUAUCUCUCCGUCGGGACGUGGCCAUAACGAGGACUCUUCCGAGGUGAGAGAAUCCAACUCUUAUCCGCCAGGUGAACACUGGGCAAUGGGGGGAAGAAUGGUGGGCCCCACCGCCACGUCAGACCUCGUCGAGCAGAUGCACUUCCUAUAUGUUCGGGUGGUCAGGGCCAGGGAGCUCCCACAUGGCUCUGUCAUGUCUGGCGGCUGCAACCCAUAUGCUGAGGUCAGGCUUGGGAACUACCGUGGCCGAACCAAGCAAUCAGGUCAUCAGACCACGAGCCCCGAGUGGAACCAAGUCUUCGCCUUCUCCAAAGACCGAAUCCAAUCCUCAACUCUGGAAGUCAUUGUCAGGGAGGAGAAAGAGAUUAUCGGCCGAGUCUCCUUUGACCUGAACGAGGUCCCCAUGCGGGUCCCCCCCGACAGCCCCCUCGCCCCACAGUGGUACAGGCUCGACGGUGGUCGUGGGGAGGUCAUGGCGGCCGUCUGGAUGGGGUCGCAAGCCGACGAGGCAUUCGCAGAAGCUUGGCACGUGGAUGCGGCCUCGGUUUCCGGCGAGGGAGUUCUCAAUGUCCGCUCAAAAGUUUACGUGUCCCCAAAACUGUGGUACCUUCGGGUCAAUGUGAUUGAGGCCCAAGACAUAAUCCCCAACGACCCUAACCGGGCCCCGGAAGUCUCCGUAAAGGCCCGGGUGGGAAAUCAGGUGCUCCGGACGAGGGCUUCCCAGGCCCGAACGGUGAACCCGGUGUGGAACGAAGAUUUAGUGUUCGUGGCAGCUGAGCCUUUUGAGGAGCACCUAAUACUUUCGGUCGAGGAGCACACGGACCCCACGAAGGAUGAUGUGAAGCUCGGGAGCAUAAGUCUUCCCCUGACUGUUUUCGAGAAGAGGCUGGAUCACCGGGCGGUUCAUUCUCGUUGGUUCAACCUCGAGAGGUUCGGAAGGGAUCUCAAGUUCUCGAGCAGGAUACAUGUGAGGGUCUGUCUCGAAGGUGGAUACCACGUGUUGGACGAGUCGGCAAUGUACAUAAGCGACACGCGCCCGACAGCAAAGCAACUCUGGAAGCCACCUGUCGGGAUACUCGAACUCGGGAUAUUAGGCGCACAGGGGCUUUUGCCGAUGAAGAUUAAGGAUGUCCGAGGGAGCACGGAUGCUUACUGCGUGGCUAAAUACGGACAGAAGUGGGUCCGGACGAGGACCGUUCUCGACAACUUCAGUCCGAGGUGGAACGAGCAGUACACGUGGGAAGUUUACGACCCGUGCACUGUCCUAACAAUCGGAGUCUUUGACAACUGCCACUUGGGAGGAGGAGGAGGAGGAGUCGAGUCGGGCCGGGACUCACGGAUUGGGAAGAUCCGCAUAAGACUGUCCACGCUCGAGGCCCGAAAAGUGCACACGGGCUCGUACCCUCUUCUUGUUCUGCACCCAUCUGGCCUGAAAAAGGUGGGGGAGCUCCAGCUGGCAGUCAGAUUCACAACACUCUCUCUGGCCCAAACGCUGCAUGUCUACACUCGACCCCUCCUCCCCAAAAUGCACUAUUUACACCCAUUCACCGUGAACCAGAUCGAGAACCUGAGGUACCAAGCGAUGGGAAUCGUGGCUGCCAGGUUGGGCCGAGCCGAGCCCCCGCUGAGAAAGGAAGUGAUCGAGUACAUGCUGGACGUGGAUUCCCACAUGUGGAGCAUGAGGCGGAGCAAAGCCAACUUCUUCCGGAUAAUGUCGCUCGUCUCGGGCCUCGUGUUUGUCGUCCGUUGGUUUAACGAUGUCUGCAGCUGGAGAAAUCGAGCCACCUCGAUUCUAGUCCAUGCCCUGUUUGUCAUCCUGGUCUGUUACCCUGAACUCAUACUCCCGACCAUUUUCCUGUACGCGUUCCUUAUCGGGCUAUGGAACUACAGGUCCCGUCCAAGGGGCCCGGCUCUUAUGGACUCAAGGCUUUCGUGGGCCGAGGGGGUGAGCUCGGAUGAGCUGGACGAGGAGUUUGACACGUUCCCAACGAGCCGAGGCCCGGAUUUGGUGCGGAUGAGGUACGACAGGCUGAGGAGCGUGGCGGGAAGGGUGCAGACGGUGGCUGGUGACGUGGCCACGCAAGGGGAACGGGUGGGCUCUUUGCUGAGCUGGCGGGACCCGCGGGCCACAGCCCUGUUCAUUUUGUUCUGCCUGUGUUCGGCUGUGGUGCUGUACGUGACGCCUUUCAGGGUCGUGGUGUUAGCGGCGGGGCUUUACGUGCUAAGGCACCCGAGGUUCAGGAGCAAGACGCCGUCCGUGCCGAGUAAUAUUUUCAGGAGAUUGAGCGCGAGGACAGAUAGCAUGCUGUGA